AUGACUUUCCUGCCUACGGGGAAUCUCUCUGGCUGGUCAACAAAGGGAAAAUUAGCUUGUCCGUCUUGUAAUGCUGACACAGACUCCAAUUGGUUGAAAUAUGGCCGAAAACAUUGUUAUAUGGGACACCCGCGUUUCUUACAGCCAGAUCACAUGUGGAGAAGGAGGAAAGGGUUGUUCAACGGUAAAGAAGAUCAUCGCAUGCCACCAAGGGAUAUGGGAGGAUACGAUAUUCUAACUCAAUUGCAGAUGAUUGGGGAUGUGACGUUUGGCAAAUCUCUUAGGAAGAGAAAACGUACUGCCGAAGAGCUGAAUUGGACAAAGUGCAGCAACUUCUUCACGUUACCUUACUGGUCAACACUUCGACUUUGGCAUAAUUUAGAUGUUAUGCAUAUUGAGAAGAAUAUUACUGAGAACGUCUUAUUCACUUUAAUGAACAGUUCAGGAAAAACUAAGGAUAAUAUCAAUUCAAGGCGUGACCUGGAGUUAUUGGGCUAUAGAAAAGAAUUACAUUUGAGGCGUGAAGGUGAUCAUGUAACAAUGUCGCAUGCACUGUACACAUUACAUGGAGAUGAAAGGAAGAAGUUAUGUGAGUGGCUACGCGAUAUCAAAUUUCCAGAUGGGUUCUCUUCAAAUAUCUCGAACUGUGUUUCUACACAUGAUUGCAAAAUCACUGGGUUGAAAAGCCACGACUGUCAUGUUUUCCUUCAAAGACUACUCCCAAUUGCUGCAGAGGGGUUUUUAAGAAGUGACAUUGCCUUGGCUUUGACUGAACUUAGCACUUUCUUCAAAGAGUUAUGCGCUCGCACACUGGAUGUGAAUUGCCUAUCCCAGCUCCAAACUGGAGAUAGUCACCAUUCUAUGCAAACUGGAGAUGAUAUUCCCUCCCUCCUUUUUCGAUAUGUUGAGACGAAGUUCAAUCGAGCGGACCGCAACAUUGAUGCUGAUGAAGAGGAAACUAUAGAUGGAUUCCGAAUUUUUAACCAGAAAGUUCAUCCUUUGGGUAUAGCUUCCAAUGUGCAAUUAGAAGAUAAACUCUUUAAGGCAGCCAUGUGGUAUGUGCUCAACAAUUGUCCGGAGAUUGGACCCUAUAUACAGGAACACUACGAGAAAUGUAGGGUGCAACACCCAAACAGCAUCGUGAGCACGCAUCAAACCGAGUUUGCAACUGGUUCAAGCACUAUCCAAGAACAUCGUACCAAGAACCCACUUGAAGUGUCUGCUGAUCUGUAUGCGUUGGCUUGCGGGCCUGACCGUUGGGUUGCAUCAUAUGAUGCCUGCAUAAUAAAUGGAAAGCGGUUUCAUACGAAGGAUCGUGAACUUCGCCAGCGCACACAAAAUUCUGGGGAUUUGGUAACUGGGGACGAGUCCACAAAUAACGCAGACUUUUACGGUUGUCUUAAAAAUAUCAUAGAGUUACGCUACAUGGAGUGGCGUCGGGUGUACCUAUUUGAAUGUGAUUGGUUUGACGUUGGUGAUCGAAAACGAGGGGUACGGGUGGAUGACCAUAUGAUUAGUGUCAACAUGAGCAGGACUUGGUAUAAGGAUGAACCGUUCGUGUUGGCAAGUCAGGCUGAUCAAUGUUUCUAA